AUGGCAACACCACUAUCGACAAAAUCAGAAACCGAGACAACCAGCAGCAAACGAAUAUCCAACACGGAGUCCACGUCGCCUAAGGCGAAAAUUCAUACACCAAUAGCAUCACAAAAAUCUCCAGAACCCAACCAUAUGAGUCCAGUUGCAAGUUCACCUCCCGCUGAUGGACAGCAAUGUUCCAACUGUGGAACAACCAAAACUCCAUUAUGGAGAAGAGCUCCAGAUGGUACCUUAAUUUGUAAUGCAUGUGGAUUAUACUUAAGAUCCAACAAAACCCAUAGACCAGUCAAUUUAAAACGACCACCAAACACUAUUGUAGUGCACAAAGAACAAGAAGGUUCUUGUAAAGGAGACGGUAGAUGUAAUGGAACAGGUGGUUCUGCCGCUUGUAAAGGAUGUCCUGCAUUUAAUAAUAGAGUUGUAGCUACGAAAAGAGUUAUUGAGAAAUCUCCAAAUGCCGAAACCGUUAAACGGCCAAAAGAAGAAGAAACAACUGAAGAUUCUCUUGCUAUUGCAUGUUUUAAUUGUGGUACAACAAUUACACCACUCUGGAGAAGAGAUGACGCAGGAAAUACUAUAUGUAAUGCUUGUGGAUUGUUUUAUCGAUUGCAUGGAUCACAUCGUCCUAUUAGAAUGAAAAGAAACACCAUUAAAAGAAGAAAGAGAAAUGCCCAUCCAAGUGGUUCCGAUAAUAAAGGGGACGGUUCAGAUACUAAUGAGUUUGAUGGAACAGGCAGUGCAGCACUGCAGGGAAGUGUGUCUCCAAUAACACCUCCAAAGUCAUUAUCAAACCUUUCGGGGCAAAAAUUGUCUGCAUCUUCUUCAUUAUCAGUUUCAUCUCCACUGCAAAUACCACCUUCUUCACACACAGGAUCACGAGGCUCUCCUGUGCCAACUCCUUCACCUGCAUUGGCAUUGAAUAGACUACCACCAAUUCAUUUCCAAUCCGCUCAACCAGGACCAGCUUCUUAUCAAAUCAACACCCCAGAUGUCCCAACAGCACAAUCAUACUACCCACCAUAUAAUGGCGGAGGAAGAUUACCCAAUGGACCAGGUCCAGUUCCGGGCCCACCUCCUCCGAUGCCUCAAGCUCCAUAUGGCUAUGUCCUACAGCAGCCUUUACAACAACCACAACCUUAUAUACAGCAUCAUCAACAACCACAAUAUCCAUACUACGCUCAACCACAAGCACAAGCACAAGCACAGGCAUAUCCACUUCCAGAAAUAAAGUUGCCAGCUAUACGCCUGGAAUCAGCAAAUGUACGCCCCUCACAGCUAAGACCUAUUUGUUGUAGCCAUUGUGGAAACGCAAAGAAAUCGACUCCACCGGUUGCUAUUGAUUUUACAUCGAGUUAUAAGAGAGAGACACCACAUAGUGGACUAUCAUCGACAAAAAGUACGCCUGAUGAUAGUGAAGGUUCUGUGAAGAGUGGAGGUGAUAAGAAGGGUGAUAGAAGUCAUGCACUAUCUAUUGGAGGAUUAUUGAAUGGAUGA